AUGAGCGACAUCUGCUUGGAUGACGUCACAGCCUACCACGGCCGCGAAGAAAAGGCGGUUCGCACGAUUCAGCGAUUCUAUCGCGGCUAUCGAACCAGGCGCGAAAUUCGAGGCUUCACUGUUGCCGCAUCGACAAGAGGACUGGAGACCACUAGGGAUCCACAAAAAGAUCCAUUCGAUGACUUCGAUGACGAGGAACAGCCAUGCUCCGAUAAUGAUGAUGCCGACAAGAGCCCUGCGCGCAAGAACUGGCAGCGGGCUGUCAGUGUUGCGAUCAGAGCCGGCGGAGACGAUGAUCGGAUGGUGGAAUCUGCUGCUCACGCCCGAGUGACGCCAUCCCACAAAAUAAAACCGAUGCGCCCAACAACACCGAAGACCAUGGAUUUGCAAUACUUCUUGGAAAUGGUAGAUGUGAAACACCGACAUGGAAGCAAUUUACGGGCUUAUCACAAUGUGUGGAAGGAGUCUCCUUCAAACGAAAACUUCUUCUAUUGGCUGGACUAUGGAGAAGGGAAAGAUGUGGAUCUUGAGAACCGCCCACGAGAACGGCUAGAGAAGGAGCAGAUUCGAUAUCUUUCGCCCGAGGAGCGUCUGAAUUACAUGGUCAAAGUAGAUGAGAAUGGCAUGUUCAGAUGGGUAAAGAACGACGAGUUAGUGGAGACGGACAAUAGGCGAUUUAAGGAUAGCAUUCAUGGGGUGGUGCAUAUCGAUGACCGGACGCCUCGAUUCCGAGGGAACUCGGUUUCAGAGACUCCUCUGUCUGAACCUGAGUUGAACUCGUCAUCCUCCUCUUCCUCCCCACAAACACCUCCAAAUGACGAUAGCCUCGAAAAAGUCCAGAAGGCCACUGAUCAAGACUAUGAACUGGGCAAGGCAGUCAAAAAGUUCUCACAUAUCAAGCCCGAGGCAAUAUAUGAUCAUUUGGCGGGCACCUUUUCGAAAAGGGAUGGAAUGUGGAUCUUUGUUGCAGACACGUCAUUCCGAAUUUAUAUUGGAAUCAAGGAGCCCGGUGCCUUUCAACACUCCUCAUUCCUAAGAGGCGGCCGUAUCGCUGCAGCUGGAAUGCUCAAAAUUCGCCAUGGACAACUAAAGAGUCUGGCUCCACUCAGUGGUCAUUAUCGACCCCACGUCGCCAAUUUCAGAGCUUUUCACCAUUCUUUACAGGAGAGAGGGGUAGACCUAUCACGAGUGUCUAUCAGCAAAUCGUAUGCUGUUCUUGCAGGUAUCGAGGGUUAUGCCUUGACAAAGAAAAAAGUACACUCCGUGCAAGAGAAAUUGGGCGAAGCGAAGCAAAAAGUUCGUCACCCACGCCAAGAAGCAAAGGUGCAAUGA